AUUUGGUGAAGAAGCAUAUCGGCGAGUGUUUUGGGAGCGGCAGUAUAAAAUCAAGGGCUCCCCAACAAUUUGAUAUCAUUCACAGAUUGUCCACGCUCAGCAGCUUACUGAAACAGUGCGCCCGCGAUCGAUUCGGAGUGUUCCUUUUUUGCUUUCGAUUUUUCAUUACGGUUUUUGUCAUCACAGACAUGGCGUUCCGAGUGUCCUCUUUGAUUUUGAUUGGUUGUGUGGUGACGUUAGCCAAUGCCGCAGCCAUUGACAAUUCCGUGUACAGUGUUGAGCCGAGGAUCCGAUCCAGCGAGGAGUUGAUCUCAAACAUUGUGGCCGAAUGCUUCCACGCUGACGCCAUGCACUGCAUGAAGGAGCGAGUCCUGAUCUUCUUGGAUUGUGUAGCUGGAGUUGAGGAGGAGCAAGGACGGUCAUUCUCCGAGGAUAAGAUCGAAAAAGUGAUUGUGGAUCGUGUUGGAAGGAUUCUGAAUACCAAUGAGUUCCGUUUGCAAUUGCCUCAGACUUUCUUCCAAAGUUCCGUGAUGACCUACCGCGCUGAUCGUGGAUUCGACUUGGAAUUGCCGUCCGAGGGUGAAGCUCGAGGUAUGUUGCUGAAGAAGAAGCUUCUAUUGCCUGUUCUACUGUUGAUGAAGCUUAAAAUGAAAUUGCUGAUGCCUUUGAUUGUUAUGUUGGUUGGACUGAAGGCCACCAAGGCUUUGAUUUUAUCGAAGAUUGCCAUCAAGCUCGUACUUGGAUUCCUUAUCUACAACUUGAUCAAGAAGCUGGGAGGUAUGAAGAUGAACAUGAUGCCAAUGCCACCAGCAGAGCCAAUGUCUGCCUACGGUGCUCCAAUUGCCAGUACCACAGCCUCUUCGUACGAUCCCGCCAGUUGGGAACCAAUGAGCGGAGGUCCCUAUGCCCGAUGGGACUCCACUCACUCUGGAUCUGCCCAUAAUUUGGCCUAUAGCUCAUACUACCCAAGCAGCUCCUCGUAUUCAUCGGGAGGCUCCUCAGGUUCUUCGUCUUCGUCGAGCGCUAACUCAUCACCAUCGUCAAGUUACAGUAGUUCAUCUUAGAUAUCGAAAGCUCCUUAAAUUUUUGAAAGGCGAUCUUAAAUUAUUGAAAAACAAAAACAAACUGGGACAUAAUCGGCCAACGACUCUUUGAUACUUAUUGAUGGAAUCUUCUCUUCUUUCCCUUCCUCUUCUUCUAAAACUACUAAGACUUUUAUUUCUUCUCUUACCUCUUGACGGCAGGUGUUAUCUAUCAAACACCUUAAUUGACGAAACACCAAAUGACGAUGUAUUUAUUUAUUUAUGAAAGGAAAUUUUUUAGAUUUAGUUUUAAUUAAUAAAACAAAAACCAAAUAAUAUUUAAUACAAAAUAGAAUUAAAGAACAAAUACUUUUUACGAGCAAAUGAAAAAAUUGC